GAGGCGAUUCUUAAAUAGAGCGCACUAUUUACAGCAAGUGGACUAAUAAUUUGGUGCGUAUGUGGUUUGACAAUAGUAGGCAAGGUGACUGGUGUAACAUUCCAUAUCACUAACCUCUAAUUCUUAUAGGUCCUUGUGUUUAAUAGUUUGCGUUUAAUCUAGGUUUACUAUUACUUCAUCUUAAGACAAUCUAAAUUGGAUUAAAAGUUGAAAAAAUUAAUUGAUGACCACACUGGCGAGAGUUGCAAGCUGAUAACUGUUAUGCAGAAAAAAAAGAAACCUUUGUAUUUAGGAUAUGUUUUCUUAGCUUCUAUAACUCUGUAAAUGCCCUUGGUAAAGGACUGGAGUAAAUGGAUUUUGCAUAUUUUUGAGAUGCGCUGUGUCAUUGAAUGUGCCGCUAAACGUAGCGGCUUGUGCGCGAUGACGUCACUUAAUUUUAAUAACGCUGCUGCAUUUUCUUUUUUGUAGAUUAUGCGUAGAAAUUAUUUUUAUGUACUUAUGAUGGCUGUUGAAGAAUAGAAACACAACAAAGAAUAAUUUUUAGUACUGUUUGGUACUGUUUUAUUUGAACAAGGGCAAUUAACUGUGGCACAUUUUCAGCUGGAGCAAACUGAGGUAAUUAAUUCGCAAAGAGACGAAUAUCAUUAGCCUAGCAGUUGGUUGUCCAAGCAAGUGCUUCAUUAGGAGUCGAUUGCAACGAGAAAUGUCUGAAGUGAAUGAAACAACAGAAGCAGAUGAACAGGAAAGCACGAUUGAAAAUCAAAUGAAGGAUGAAUUACUAGAUGACAAAAAAGAACGAACACUGGAUGCUGAAAAAGGAGAAACUAUUCUUGGAGUGAAAACUGUGGAUUCGCACGUUUACACGGCCACAUCAUUGCCUGUCAUUCCCAAGGAGACCAGAACCAAAUCUCACCCUUUGGUGCUUCAUUGGGCAUAUGGGAUUAACCAAACUUUACCUGUCCUCAGCCUGCAGGACGAAGACAGGCUUGUCAUCCUCUACGUUUGUGCUCAUGUUGCUCUCAUGUAUGAUCACACUUCCAAUACUCAGCAUCUGUUACAAGGCCACUGCAGUCCAAUCACCUGUUUGUGUGCUAGUGAGGACAGACGUUGGCUUGUGACAGCUGACAUGGGCCAAGAGAGCCUUGUUAUCAUAUGGGACUCAUACACAGGAAUUCCUGUGCGCACAUUGUUUGAUUGUCAUCCCGAGGGUGGAGUUUCGGCAUUGGCAUUAUCAAAAGAUUCAAAAUAUCUGGUAACUGUUGGAGCUGGAACAGUUCAGCGGGUGUGUAUUUGGGAUUGGACAGAUGAAAGCGAUAGUCCUCAAUGUCAAGUUGACAUCAGCCCAACACAUGGUUGUCAGAAUCAAAUCAGUUUCCAUCCAUCUGACAGCACACAAUUGCUUAGCAACAGCACAAGUCACGUUCUCUUCUACAAAUGGGAAAGGGAUUGUCUGGAAUACUCGGCUCCGGAAAUUUCUGACAAGACAUUUAAAGUGGUGUUAGGCUCCCUGAGCCAGUCCAUCUUUCACUGCGAUGGCGUGCGGGCUUUAACAGCCACCUCAAAAGGGCAUAUCGUUUUUUGGGACAAGCAGAGUGAUUCUUGUAUAAAGAAAGCCACCAAAAUCAUUCCUCUCCAGAACAAAGGAAUUACUGUACUGACUAUGAUUGACAGUUUUAUAGUAACUGGUGAUGUGAAUGGCCACAUCAAAUUCUAUGAUGAAAAUCUCAAGAUCAUCAGCUUGUACAGUGAAUUUAAUUUGGAUCCUAUCAGAUCCAUCUCCUUUUCUAAAGAAAUACCCUCCACUAGCAGCCUAACUUAUCAGGAAGACUGCACAGUGAAUGCCAAAUCAUUUGUAAUAAGAAAUUUUGUGCUUUGUACAACCCAUUCAACUGUAGUACAUGUGAAUGUACAGAAAAAUACUCUACAAACUCUAUUGAAGGAACAUGCAGAACGUCUGGAAGCAGUCGCCUGCCACCCCAAACAACCACUAGUAGCUAUGGGCAGCCACAGUGGCACUGUUAAGGUUUGGGAUUAUGAGCGUAAAGAGGCUGUCUGCAGCCAAGUCUUCCAGCCCCACAAGGAGAUCCAGUGUAUUACAUAUGAUCCACAAGGUUUUUAUUUGGCAGUGGGAUUUGCCAGUGGGGCUUUGCAGAUUCUUGAUGCCUGUACCCUUCAGAGUGAUGGUGAACAGUAUUUGCAGUACAGUCAGGAUGGAAUAACCCAUCUCACCUUCUCCCAGGACUCACUGUAUCUGGCAGCUGCGGACACUGGAAAGGCUGUGACAUUGCUUCGCCGGUGUAAGCAGGGAACCAAAGAGAUUUGGAAGUACCAGGGAAGACACCACUCUCAUUACAAACCUAUUCAGGACCUGUUGUUUGGAGUGGAUUUAGAUAGCAAUCAACCUCGUCUCUUCUCCCUUGGAAUGGAUUGCAUGCUGGUGGAGUAUGAUCUUCUGAACAGUGGGGAAAAUGACUUGGUCAUUUUGAGUUCUGAUCGGAUCGAGCAGAGUGCUGUGCCCACCUGCAUGGCGUGGUAUCCUCAGCUGACACCUGAGCAAUUCCUCCUAACAGCUUCCAACUUGUAUAAGAUGAAGCUCUUUAAUGCUACCUCGAAAAUGUGCAGAAAAACACUCCUUGGUCCUUCCUAUGGUUCUCCAGUAAAAAAGAUGGCCAUGCUACCUGCAUCUAAGGAUGGGGACCCUAAUUCUCGUUACAUGGCAUAUAUUACACAAGACAAGAUUGGGAUUCAGAUUCUGCCUCUGGAUGGAAACCCCUACAAGUCAUUUGCAAGUAUCUGUCACUCAACAGGUGUCUCUGCUAUGGCCUGCUCUUAUGAUGGAAGAUAUGCUUUCACUGCAGGAGGACCAGACUGCACAGUUUUUUCGUGGGAGCUGAAUUUAUCAUCACUGGAGGCAUCAGCUGCUCUAGGGGGUAAAGACAUGGUUCCCUUUUACAAUCUUCUGGAGGGAGGGAGAGAUGGACAGCUUUUCAAGGAAAUGGAGGAAUAUUUUUACUACUGUCAGUUACGGAACCAGGACCUCAACACUAUGGAAACACGGCUCGUGUCCACACGCGUCCCCCUAUCUGACAUACCCUUCCUAAUGAGAGUGCUUAGCUUUUAUCCCACAGAGCAGGAGCUGGAGGACAUGCAGAACGAAGUGAAGUUCAGCCGCUAUGCCGAGACCAGAAAUUAUGUGACGGACAUUGACCUGGAGGACUUCAUUAAGCUCUAUGUCAACCACCGGCCUGCCUCUGGCAUUUCAAUACAGGAGCUGUGCAAUGCCUUCCAGGUGCUUGGAAGGCCAGAUGAGGGGGGCAGAUAUACCAUUGCCAGAGAUGAACUGCUGGAGUUACUACAGGCUAGAGGUGAACAUAUGACAGAAGAUGAGUUGGCUGAAUGCUUUACUACUCUUCUAGGUUUUAGCUCAGAAGGUUGCACAGAUGCAUCAGAAUCGGUGUUGGAGAAUGUGCUACCCUCUGAAAUCAACAUGGAGACAUUUGCUACAGAUAUCCUGGGCUUUUCUACUGCGACCCAAGAGCUUCCUCAAGAUGAUACAUAAUAAUAGUUUCAACUAAAGUUUUAAAGUGCAUUGAAUGAACUGUAUUGUUUAAAGCUUGUGUAGUGAAACAAUGUUCUGUUUUGUGUGAUUACUGGCUGUUGUUUCAGCAUAAAUUCACUUUUGCACUUUUGUUUAGUUUUUAGAAACUCACUCUGUUACGAGGAAAGCAAGUCAUAUGCGUUGAUAAUAAACGUUGUUAUUUGACAACAUACUUGCA